ACCACAGCUCCCGGCAUGCCGCGCGUCUGCAGCAUGGCGGCGCCCAGGGGCGGCUCGGGCCCGGGCACCGGCACCGGCAGCAGCUCGGACUCGGACUCGGACUCGGACGCGGAGGGCGGCGGCGAGGCCGCGGCGCGGUUCCGGGAGGCCGCCUGGGACUGUGCGGCGCAAGCGGCGGUGGCGGCACCACGGGCGGAGCCGCGCGGUGGUGGCUUUAGGAAGGAUCGGUUACAGCCCAAGGAUCAGCCAAGCCUGAGGCGGGAGGUGAACGGCCGGCAGGAGGGGGACAACGAGCUCCACACGACCCCGGAGUUCAGAGCGCACGUGGCCAGGAAACUGGGAGCGAUGCUGGACAGUUUCAUCACUGUCUUCAAGGACUCAUCAGGACCUUCUCAGACCUCUGUGCCACAGUCUGACUCUGCAGAUGAUGGUUUUCGGCUCUUCUCUUCCUCUGUCCCUGGAGACUGUGGGAAACCAGAGCCUUGCCCUGCAGCCAGGAGAAGGCGCCCAGCGAGCUCCAGUGACACGGACAGUGACCAGGAGUGGGAAAGGUUCCAGGAGGCUGCUGUGUCAGCUGCAGAUAUUCUGAAGCAAAGUGGGUUUCCUGCACUGUCCCAGGAUUCCAGCCAGGAUCAGAGUCAGGGCUGUGUAGAGCACAACCAGAAAAAAAAGAAGAAGAAGAAGAAAAAGAAGAAAAUUAAGGGAGAGAACAAUAUUCAAGAGAAAAGAAUGGACCCAGCAGAGUGUGACCAGAUCUGCAAAGAUUUGUCUCGGUUGGUGUCUGCAAAUGGACAGCAGGAGAGACAGAACAGCAAUCAUGGGGACAACUCAGUGCUGCCAGGAGCUGUGAGGAAGAAAAAGAAGAAGAAAAAAUUAGAAUGAUGAUUUUUACUCUGCAAACAGCAGGCACCUGUGAUGGAUGAGGGAAACUGAAAGAAAACCCAACAACCAGAGUUGCUGAAGAGGAGGGAAAAUUAAUUGGCAAAGCUUCUGUUCUAAAAGCUCAGUGGCCUGAGAGACUAAUUAAGGGACUUCCUGUGGUGUUGGCACCCCUGAGGAAGGGAACAUUGUUCUCCUCACACAGCACUUGUCUGUGCUGCUGCUUGUGCAGGCCAAGCCUAAAAGGACGAAAUCCUGUGGCAGCCUUGUGUGACAGAGGGGUGUAAUCACAGCUGCAUCCCUCCUGCUCUGCCUCUUCACAUCACGAAACCAAAUCUGAUGUCCUGGAGAAAGUACAUGAUGAAUUGAAUUUGGUUUUCAUGGCAACAGACAAAACGCUGUAAGGAGCCUUUAGUAAGAAUAAGCACCAAGAGGUUAAACAGUGGGACAAACCACCUUGAUAUCAGUUUAGAAGACAGACGUAGAAGAUUUUCAGGACCUCAUGAAAGACUUUUUUUCCUCAUCAAGAGACCAGAAAGCAGCAAAAUUCUCAGGUGAGAGAAGCCUUCAUUUCCCUGAGGUGGGUUCUGCAUUGCUGCCUUGGACCAGACCCUGCUCAAACAGAGGUUCAGGGCUGUGAAGUGCUCAGGACCAUCCUCUGGCCCAUCCUCAGGAGCUGCUUCAGAAGCCCAGCACAGCCUGGAGCCAGGCUGGGCACAGAGGGAAGGGCAUUGAUGGCGCGCUGACUUUCACUCUGGAGCCCGUAGGGUUCCACCUCGCUCAGCGCCUUGAUCAGCGUCUCCUUGGUCAGCCCCGACUCCAGCAGCGCUCCCAGCAGCUCCACUUGGAGAUGGCUCAGCUUCGACACCAUGGUCUUCAGCCCGGUGCCUCUUGGGUUUCGGGUGAUCCUGCUCGCAGCUUCCCUACACCAUGUUCCCGAGGUAACGCGCCCGACUGUCAGCGGAGUGGGCACAGCGCAGCCUCCCGCCUUUGCGCCCCCCCCAAAAAAACAAAAUACAAAAUUGAGCCACUUCAGACCCCCCACGACUGUCCUGAGCCAGUGCUGAUAAAGGGACCCUUGGCUAUCUGUUUACAUUGGAGCAAUGUAAAUUCUCCAAGGUUCAUAUUUAUCUGUGUGCUUAGCAAGUUACUGAACUUUGGACUUCAGCACCGCCGCAGCAGUUCACAAAGUGCAGAGGGAGAGAAAGCAGGGGGAGGGGGAAAGGGAGGGAAGCAGGAGAGGAAAAUGAAGGAUAGGAGGUCUGCAGCGUGGAAAAGUGAGCUAUGGAAAGAAAACCAGGAAGAUGGAGAGGCAUGGCUUUCUCCUGGCCCCGUUAGGUUUGGAGAAGGAAGGAGGUGGAGCGCCGAGAAGGAAGAGCCGCGUUGGGCUGCGCAGUGUUCGUGGAAGGUGCUGCUGUUGGGAUAUCGCAGAGCCCGCUCAGAGCUCUGGCAGUGGGGAAGUUCAGCCAGUCUGAGCUCUUUGGGCUGAGAGAAAGCCACACUGGCAGCUUCCCUGGCCUCUGUGCUACCCCUCAGCAGAGGAGUGUGACCAUGGGGUCUACACGAACGUUCCCAAGGCUUGUAGGACGUUCUGGAGCUCCAGCUGAAUUUUGUCUUAAGUGACAUCAAGUCUUUUUUCACUCUGGAUUUGGCUCACUGGAUAUCUUGAUAUGCAAACACUAGUACCUUCCUUUUAACUUGCUGUGUUUAUUGCUUAAUUGAUGAGCAAGAGCAGUUAUUCCCACAUAAUUCAGGGGAUUGCAGGCCUUGCCCCUCUGAGCCUGUGAUUGAAGGGUGUGAUAAGGAAUAGCCAUGGGUGUUGGUUCAUGCUCAAAAUCCCUGCCCUAUCAUCAGCUGCCCUCUGCUUCCGAUGAGUGCUCUGGGCAGGCUUGUGGUUCCCAUUUAUCAUCUUCCUCCAUCCCUUCUUGAUACCAGCCCUGCUCUGAGGUUCUGCUCCCACCUAUUGGGUGACUUCCUAAAACACCAUCCCUGGCUCGGCUGGAGUCACUUAAAGCAGUUCUCCAGUUCUGCAGUUCUCAUAACUACAUUGUCUUUUCUGGUCUGAAAUGAUAUGAAUGAAUCUAUCUACUUUGAGUGGCUAAAUUAGGGAAUAACUUGAUGUGCACGAGCGUCUCACACGAGUGAUUCCUUGGAGGAUUUAAAGGUGUUGUCUCAACAGAGGCUUCCUGGGGGCAGCUGCCUGUGUGUACACACUGCCACCAAACCUAAGCUUACAGGAGCCUGGCACAGCUGUCCCCAAACUGGGUAGUGUCCCAAGGCAGUGCUGCAGAGGCACGUUGUCCCCUGUUUUCCCAUCGUGGGCACCAUCGGCCGUGCUCUCCAGGCUCCUGAGUCAGCAGGAGCAGGGCAGGACCCUCCUCCCUCGGGCACAGCCGGCUGGGGUGGGACUGCUGUAACUGCUGGCUUUUAUUUCAGACAUGGCUGCACCCAGAGCACCACGUGGCCUCCCUGCAGGGUGUUAACAAAGCUCAGAUGGACACAGAGGACUUCCUUUGUGUGGCUAAAAAGAAGUAACAGUUCGGAGUCCACGUAAAAACAUUUAAUGUAAGAAAUUUUCACACGAGCAUUGAUGUAAAAAGACAUGUUUAGCUUCUAAAUGUUUUAUUUUUGGUCACGCUCUCAACAGAGAGCAAACGAAUGGUGAGCUUGGCAUUGUCCUGUCAAUGUUUUGACACAUUUCCAUGCAUUUCAUUUGUUAUCACAUUUUCCUUCAUUUCCCCCCCCACCCGCUAGACAUGCCAACGUUACUGGCUGAUAACAGUAAUUGUCAACUCUAAUUACAGCAUCCUGCCAUGACAUUAUAGUUUCUGCAUGAUAUGGCCUUAUAAUUCGAGGACUUUGCAAACAGAGACAACAGAUUGUGGAACUCUUGCAAUAUGUGACAGAGGAGACAUUGUCACACUGUGUUACUUAUUUCUGCCUCUCUUUGGCAUGGUGAUUUCUUUUACCUAAACCAAGAUGGAAAAUAUUACCAGUGUUCUGUUGAAAAGGUUGCCCAAUCUAUAUUCUGUAAGUAUAUAAACCUGUUGAAUGCUUGAGGGGAAAUGGGGACACAGACCAUAAAGUUUCAACAAAGAACAGCAGUUAUUUAUCAAUGGAAGUUGUAAAGAGAAGAAAGCACAGCAACAAAUUAUCUGUCUAUAUUGUGUGGUUUCAAGGAUUCCUUAUACACACAGAAGGCCUGAUGGUGCUGCUUCUGCUUGCCUUGGAGACCUUCAGCUGCAGAGGCUUUUUUUUGAAACCAGUGAACUCUGAAGUCCAUAAACCCAGAAAUGAACAUCUGUUUGUAUGCUGGGACCUGGCUGAACGCUACAACUGGAUGCCAUGUGGAGAACCCUUAGCUGAAUAUGGAAACCUUUCAAAUACUAAGGAGGAGUUACGUCAUGUCCAACUCUAUGUUCAAACUGGCUCUUGUCCCUCCCACGCUGGAAGGAACAAUGAAUGGGAAUGCACAGCUGGACUGGGACAACGGAUCCAAACUCCACAAAGCCCCACUUGCACAAACUGGUGCAAGUGAAUUCCCGGGAGAUGGGAGCAGAACACACCACUUCUGCAUUUGGACCGAGGGGUUGGCAGCAGAAACCAGGAGGGGAGAGACAAGAUCAGUAUAAAUGCAGCAGUUCCUCUGCCUGGGAUUGUGCAGGUUUGAUACAGGGCUGGUGAUAACACAGAGCAUGUAAUUUUUAUUUGGUCAAAGCACACGGAACGUUAUUUUCCUUCCUUAAAAACCCACUUCGAGCAUCUGAUCCUACUGAUUUUACUUGGUUUCCAAGAUCACAAAUUCAAAACCACGGCAGUCUCCAGGAACACCUGUGUAUUUAAUAAAUUAAACCACCGGCGUGUGUGAACUACCUUA